AUGUUACCCCCGUUUCGCAUCAAGGGCAUCGUUGGACAUCCCUUACAUCGGAGAAGAUCUUCUAAGAAUGACGCUGAGCAUGGAUCUGAGAGCUCUGCGACCGAGACUCCAGAAAACCAACAAAGUGCCGAGUUUGAGGUCCAAGGAGAUGGAGUAGUCCAAGUCUCGGCCAGUGAGUAUGACAGUACUAUAUCAAAUCUCCCAGCAGCGAAGCUUCGAUAUCAAGAUGAAGAUGAUGGCGAGAUCGUGGUCGUCGGUUCGUCACUAGAGCUUUCACAGCUUAUUGGUGAAAUCUUGCCUAGUAGCUACUGCCUACCGCUUAGCACACUCAACGCGGAGCAAAGUCCAGCCAUGCACACAUUCGAGAUUCAACAAACCAUCCCGGUGGUCAAUAUCUGGCGGGAUUUUCGUUUGAGGACCGUGAGGAAUAGUAUCUCCGGACUACCUUCCGGCCAACCGAUACCCCUAAGCCGCAGUCGCCCUUUGGAAGCCAGUCGCCGCUUAAUAAAUACUCGCCCAAACUCUUCAUAUGAUACAAAAGAUCUACCCGUUGCCCAGAAAGGAGAUGGUUCUAGUGAGGCUCCGUUGAGUUGGCACGACGGUUAUUUGCAAACCAUGGCAAACAUGGACAACAAGGAACAUUACGCUUCAGAUACUAAAGACCCUAAUGAUGUGACCACAGAGACGAAUACUGACAAACAUCUCGAAUCUUCUGCUGAAGGCUCCUCGUCUGGAAGUAAAUAUAUUACUGAAGAAGGGAAGAAGCAGGCACAUGCUGCUGGAAGACUCCUUCGGGACGCCCAUAGAGCAUAUUGGCCAAAGCUGCCUGGAGCUUUACCUGCCGAUGACCGCGGAAAUUUCUGGCGCACAUAUGAGCCGACCCAGCAGUUCUGUGAAUAUCCUCUUACUACGAGAGAAAGGGAACCUGAUAGUCCCGAAUCUCCCCUUGAAACACCUUCUAAGCCACUGUUAUCUCAAUUUGAAGCUGAGCUAUCCCGACUCAUGGCAGAAAAUACCCAAUGGGAGUCCGCGCCUGCUACCACUACUACUACUACUGUAGAGCCAAAAGUGGUGACAUCUCAAGAGCCUACCCCUAAUUGGGCUUCGACAGAAGCGCAAGGACCAAGAACAGAACCUGCACAAGAACCUGCCUCUUACUCGGCCUCAGAGGAAGCGCCAUGCCCUGCUGAGACUAUCCCCCAUAUCGUUACGGUGUUUGGAAAGUCUUUCCAGUCUCUCUUAUCUCACGUAACCGAGCUCAAUACUGAGUUGACUGCUCGGCUUCCCGAAGUUGAGCAGAGAGUGACAAAUCUACAACAUCAAGUCCCAGAUCAAAUGCAAAAUGCCAUUCACGAAACUCUACAUGCUAUGGGUUGCCACAUACAAAAUUUGGCAGGAAUCAUGCAGGAGGCUGCCGCUUCUGCACGGUCAUCCUCCAUCGCAACGAGCGAAGCAGAGAGAGUGGUGACUGCUCAGAUGACUAAUCUGCGAAACCUGGCAUCCGAGAUUCGAGAAGUAGGCAGUUCGCUUCUUUCAAGCUUUGAAAAAGGGUCUAAGUCACAAGAAGACUGUAACGAUCCUGAGGUUAAUGCAAAUACAAACGCACCUGACCCGGCAUCGGCUCCUGAAGCUGUUAAUCCUGCGAUAACCAACAUCUUUAUUGGCAAUCUACCACCAGAUGCAACAGAGGAAUCUGUCAUCACUGCUUUAGCAAACCAAGGUUUUGUUGGAAAGGUCACACUUCCGAAAGAUAGCCUAACUGGGGAUCAUGCUGGCUUUUGCUAUGUCCAUUUCCCUUCAACUUAUGCAGCGGCUGCAGCAUUACCGGCCUUGCGGGGAACAUUAAUCGGGGGGUGCAUUAUUAAUGUUGAGCCUAGUAGUGAGCCUCUGAACCAAGAGCCUAGCACUACUACCGAUUUAUCUGAGGAUCCUAUUGUGCACUUGACUUCUGAGCUUUCCUGCAUGGCCUCGGAGCCUGAGCGACCCCAUAUUUCGUUCAACCUUCCGGUUAGUGAGCUAGACAACGACACUAGCAGCACCUCACGCGCACAUCAACGCCCAGAAACAACAUCUCAAGUCGAACCGGUGGACAUUCCGGUACCAGAACAAGGCAAUGUCCAACCCCGGCCUAAUACAGCACUUCUUGACGAAUCCGAAGCCAAUCUCGCCGAACGUUAUCCAUCUCUCUUCGCGUCCCGAGGCACCGACAACGUUGAGCCAAAUCUGCAACAUGAUGCGCAUGCUAUCUCCCCAUCCACAUCUAAUGAAUAUAGCUCUGGGAUGGAUCGAUAUCCUUCGAUGCGACAACUUGAAAUGCAGCCCCUUUUCAUGCAUGAACCACAGCCAGUUUGGGAUUGGCAGGCCCCGCGGCCUCACGUCAACCGUGGAUCUUCGGUCAGGGAUUUUCGGGCUCCAGAGCAGAAUAUCAACCCUUUUAGGCAAGAAGAAUCGUCGGGCCCUCCAGUUCCGGACCGAAUUCCUGGGUCAUGGCCAUGGGACCAGGACACCCAGCAAGGUAACCCUCGAGGUAUCCGGGGCGAAAACCUAUCUGGACCCAGCAUCUCAAAUACCCAAAGCUACCCCAACCAGCCAAUACGGUCAGACCUCUCUAGCCCAUUCACGCCAUUCCCUCCCCGUUUCCCUCCACUCCCCACAACAACCACGUCCCCCCUUCGUCGAAGUGCAACAGAGCGUGUCCGCAGAGCGUCUCCAAGGACAUCCGAAUUCUACCCAUACCCACAGCGAAGGUUUAGCAACCACGAACUAGCAGACAUGAGCACUAAUCGCGAACACCUUUCAAAUCUCCCUGGAACCUUCCCCCAUGAAAUUCAAACCCCUGGCAUAACCGAAACGCCGUUAGACGACAGAAUUGAACUCUGCCUGUCCCAUCUGAGAGCUCUUGGUUUUGGAGACGACAGAUCUCAGGAUACUAACAGACUCCGAAUUUUUGCGCAAGCCGCUGACGGAAAUCUUGAAGAGGCAAUUGAGAUGAUUGAAGAAGAGAGGAAAGCAUAUGAACAGGGACCUGUACUUUUUUGA